GACGAAUAAGGAAAAGCUGAUGCUGUGCCACGUGGGGAGAAUAAGGAACGUAUGAUGGACAUGCAACGGCGGAGAUUCAAACCUUUAGUUGAUUAGAUUCAUUGAAACUGGAAGUGAACUGUAGACUGUAGAGAAGUGCCCAGAGACAUAUAUUUUCUUGCAUCUUUGUGUUUUUUUAUUUUCUUUUCUUCUAUAUCUCUCUCUUUUCUCACUUGCAUUACUCAACAAAAACCAAAGAUUUAUAUCAAGUUGUUCUUUUUGUUAGAAUUUUAGACAGAAAUAGAGGAGUGGGCAAGUUUUGUAAUAAAUGAGCUGAGAGUGUAGGAGAGAGCGGGGUGCAGUUCUCAUGGCGGCGUUGCAGGGGCUCUAAUUCCGUGCCAUUAUUGCUGGGAAUUGAAGGGAGAGAGGAGGGGGUGGGAGUGAGAUAAGUCCAGGAAACCAUCGUCGUUUGUUUUUAUUACCCUAAAAGUUUUUAACCUCAAAAGUCGAAAAAAAAAACCCAAAGAUCACAAAAGAAAUUAAAACAGGCCCUUGUAUUAAAUUCUAGUUAUUGAGGGGGAGGGGAGAGGGGUAGAUAUAGCAGAAAUAGCAAAGAUCGGGUCAAAACAAAAAAAAACCCCUACAAACAUUCACAGACUAACAGUGGGCUUUAAAAACUGACCAGAAAAAGCUUCCACAGUUGAAACCCAUAAAGACCCCAAGGAAAAUCCAACCAGCUCAUCACACUAGUGUGAUCUGGCGGUGGAGGGUGUGGGGUACUAAAUAGGGUGUUUCUGCUAUGGAUUUUUGGUCAAAAUUGAGAUUGGUUUCAGCUUUUGGGUGCAACAAAUGGCUGGCUUCUUCUAUCUAGGUGGACGUGAAGGAGCUGCUUCAGGCAAACAAGAAGGGGAAAAUAAAGAAGAGAACCUUUAUUUUUACAGAAACGAGGAGAUCUACAACAAAGGGUUUGAGAUAUGGCCGCAGUAUUAUUACCAACAGCAAAACGUCAACAAUUUGUCGUUUGGAGCGGGUCCUAGUCGAAGAACAACCGGAUUUAAUCUCUCCGAUGAGUCGUCUUCGAGAUCAGCAGGGUUCACGGUUAUGAGACAAGGAGGUAUGAACUGUCAAGAUUGUGGUAACCAAGCUAAGAAAGAUUGUGCGCAUUUGAGAUGCCGGACUUGUUGCAAGAGCCGAGGGUUUCAGUGCCAAACUCACGUUAAGAGUACAUGGGUUCCUGCUGCUAAAAGGCGAGAGAGGCAGCAACAACUCGCAGCUUUGCAACAAACACAACAGCAGCAGCAGCAGCAAAAUCAACAACAAGAACACCAACAACUGUUUAGAGGAGACAAUCCCAAAAGGCAGAGAGAUAAUCAUGGUUCUCCCUCUCUUGCCUGCACUCGUUUAUCCCCCACCACGUCAGGGUUGGAACUGGGCCAAUUCCCUCCCGAAGUUAGUUCUCCAGCAGUGUUCCGCUGUGUAAAAGUAAGCGCUAUGGACGACGUAGAGGGGGAGUUUGCAUAUCAAACGGCUGUAAACAUCGCAGGUCAUGUAUUCAAGGGAAUUCUCUACGAUCGAGGCCCUGAAAGUCGUUAUACUAGUGGCGGUGAAAGCUCUCAGCAACUCAAUCUCAUCACAACUGCUUCUACUACUGCAGCAGCUGCUACAACGACAACAACAGCUACUACCAGCGAUCCAGGCACAAGUAUGAUUGACCCUUCCCUUUAUCCAGCUCCACUUAAUGCUUUCAUUGCCGGUACGCAAUUCUUCCCACCUCCAAGGUCUUGAUUUACAGGCAUGUCUCCAAUUGUUCCACUCUCCACACUGAUCUCUAUAGGAGCUGUUCCCUUUCUUUUAGCAAAAAACUUCCAUUUGUCAGAAACGACUCUAGAUUGUUGGACUUUAGUUCUCAUUUUUAUUUGUGGUCCUUUUUUUUUUUUAAUUAUCUAGUAUGUCAAACAUUAAUUAACACCCACCGAAGAGCAUUGUAAUUGAAAUGAGAAUUUAAACUUUUGAGGAUGGAUAUGAAUAUUGGGGGAGGGCGUUGGUUGAUUUUUGUUUUCGAAUUUCAAUUCAGAUUUCCAGUGCUUUUGUUAUUCUUC